AUGAGAAAAUCCGUCGAAAAUAAAACACCUGUAAUUUCCUUUAUUACAAGUAAUAAAAAGAAACGUCUUCUCACAAUCAAUGGCUACAUUUAUCAUGAAAAUAAAUCAACAUCAAAAGUAUGUUAUUGGAUAUGUACUCAAAAACUAUGUUGGGCUGGUGUUCAUCUUAAUCCUCAUGACCAAUUUAUUAAAUUCACUACAGUCGGCCAUACUCAUAUGCCCGUUCCCGAACAGGUAGAGAUUCGAAAGCUAUUAACAAGAGUUAAAGCACGAAUCAACGAUGAAUCAACAGCUAUUGGUCAGAUAUAUAAUGAAGAACUUGUGAAAGCAAAUCUAACAAAAUCAGCUCUUGCUGUUGCUGCUACAGCUAGAGAUGCCAAUUCUAAACUUAAUAAAUCUCGUCGAUCGAGAACACCCGUACUUCCAACAUCUAUCGACUUCGACAUUCCAUCAAAAUAUAAAAUAACAACUGAUGGUGAACGAUAUUUAUUAGCUGACCGUGUUCAACGUUGUGGUGGUGGGGUCGAGAAACGAAUAAUUGUCUUCGCCACUGAUGAACAACUUCGUACACUUUUUGACUGUUCUCAUAUUAUGAUGGAUGGUUUUGUCUGUGCUAUUGCUCUACUUGGUGGACGCUCCACGAUUAUAUACAAAGAGCUGUUCUCCAUCCUUGCUCAUCAUGCUAAUCGAUUAAAUAUGGUAUUUCGGCCAACUAAACUUACAUCCGAUUUUGAACUUGCACUUAUCAAGACCGUAGCGGAUGACCUACCUAAUACCCGACAUAUUGGUUGUAAUUUUCAUUUCAAUAAUGCCAUAUAUCGACAAGUGCAACAUCUUGGAUUAGCUUCUAUUUAUCGUGAUGAUGAAUCUGCUCGUUCGACUAUACGAAAGCUUAUGGCCCUUUCACUUAUUCCUAUCGAACAAAUUGAAUGUGGUUUUAAAAAGAUCACAAGUGAAGCACCAGAUUCAGUAAAACCAUUAAUUAAAUAUUUUGAUGGUUAUUGGAUGUCAAAGAUCAAGUGGAGCUUGUGGAAUGUCGGGGAUGUUGGGAUGAAAACUAAUAAUAUGGUGGAGGGAUGGAAUCAUCGAUUUAAUCGAUUAGUAGCUAAAUUUCAUCCAAAUAUUUGGCAUCUUUUUGAUUGUCUCAAGAAGGAAGAAGUUCUCGUGCGGCAACAAAUACUAAAGAUGAUCAUGGGAAAAAACAAAACCAAAUGCAAAAAAAGUGCUCAACUUCAACAACAAAUUUCUUCACUUCGAUCACGAUUUGAAGAAAAUCAAAUCAGUCUUGAUGAACUCUUAGAAGGACUUUCGUUGUUGAUUGGAACACGCAAAUAA